AAUGAGUUACAACUCAUUUUUAAAGUGUCGACAUUCUCGUUGUAUAAGUAUAUGAUAAAUUAGUACUUGACGUUUCCAUACAACGUGCGGAUUAGAAAUGACCGUAAAUUAUUUCCACUUUUUUAAGAUGGUUUGUAAACUUUUUGUGGAAUGGUGGAUACGUCUUUGACACCUGCACGGUUGCUCCAAAUUUUGAACGACAACGAGGAUUCGACCUACAGCACAACUCCGCCUCUUCUAUCGUCAGCUUCCAAGUUAUCAACACAUGCCAGUUAUCCUAAAUUACUUCCAGGAGAACAAAUUCUGCUACAGCUUAAUGUCACAUGUGUGGAAACAUACCAUUGUCCUGUGGAAGGAAUAUUGCAUCUUUCUACAUAUCGUGUUAUAUUCAGUGGUGUGAUGCAGCAUUUAGAAGAUGACCAAGACUUAUUAUCAAAAAAAGCCAUCAGUCAGUAUGGAAAAAAGAAAAGUAUAUCAGGCACACUUGACCGUAUUCGUGAGAAAUCUAAAUCACAGUCAAUUAAACGUCGAUCUAUAAAAUCUCAACAUAUGACGAAGCCAAUGGAAGACAGUCAGAGGGGCAAGAACGGAGUUAUACAAAAUAAAAUUGAUGACAAGAACGAAAACGGUAGUUUGAUACCGAUGAACAGCGCCUUCGACAUAGACCAAGAAAAUAAAGAUACCCCUCCUCAGAAAAUUUUCCUUUCUAUACCGUGUAAAAAUAUUUAUGACGUCAUGAAGCUAUCAAGAACUUCGGUGACCAACAAAGAUCCGCGAUUACUUGAUUUAACUGACGGCAUCGAAUUGUUGUGUUGCACACUGCAAAUUUACAAGUUCUUACUGUCAAUAGAAUCCGACUACAAUGCAGAUAAACUUGUCAAGAUAUUCUCGAAGUACACAAAGGAUCUUUUGCCUUCGAAAAGUUUUGCCAUGACGUACAAAGAAGCUGUUUAUAAAGUCCAAACUUGUGAUAUGUUCAAUUCGAGGAAAACGAGAAAUUUUUACCACUUCGAAGACGAAUUUGAUCGUCUUGGCUUACGAUCGCUGGAUUGUUGGAGAGAAUAUUCACCGACCGAUCAUCUUAAAUUGAAAGCUCCAAAGAAAACCCUUAUACCACAUGGUGUCAAUGAUGUGGAAAUGAACAAAAUAAUUGAAUUUCAUCGGAAUUGCAGUUUUCCUUCAAUAUCUUGGAGGAAUACCAUUGAAGGGACAGUUUUAUUGCGCUCCGGUUCAGCUUUAUACGAAAGAGGUUGCAUCGAAACACGUUGUGAAGAAGAUGAAAACUUUUUGGCCUUAGUUUGUUUUCAAAAUAAACAGUCAAGUCGUAAUAAAUUGGUUGUUUUCACUCAACAAAAUAAUGAAAACGCAAGUGGAUUACUUGCACAACAGCUUAGUGGCCAAAUCACUCCAAAACAAUUAAAAGCGUUCUAUUAUCCUCACGUAAAGUUUGUUUACACCGACGAAUUAAUUAUUCCUGAUCAUAAAACGGUGAAACAAAGCUCGUAUAGACUUCAAACGUUACUGGCGGCGGAAGGCGACGACAAAUUUCUUUCUGGCCUUGCCGAAACCCAAUGGCUUUCACAGAUCAGCGAAUUACUGGAGACGACUUCACUCAUAAUCACUGCCUUGAGUAAUGGAAAACAUUCUGUCUUAAUAAGUUAUGAAUUUGGUUGUGAUCGAACCUCUCAGUUAUCGAGUCUAUCACAGUUGCUUCUUGAUCCAUACUACCGCACCAUUGACGGCUUUCAGAUAUUAAUUCAAAAAGAAUGGAUAUCAUUUGGUCACCAGUUUUGUGAACGCUGUAUUUCGAAGUCAAACGAAGGACAUGGACCAAUAUUUCUACAAUGGCUCGAUUGUGUGUGGCAGCUUUUGAUUCAGUUUCCAAUCUCUUUUGAAUUCAACGAGCUCUUUUUACAGACAAUUGCGGAACAUGCAUAUUCGUGUCGCUUUGGAACAUUUCUAUGUGAUUCAGAGCUACAGUUUGAAGAAGAAAAGAUUGACAGUAAAACAAUGUCCUUAUGGACAUGGAUCAAUCUAACUCUAAUGGCAGAACCAGAAAUAUAUCUGAACAGGAACUACAUGAAAACGAAUACAGAAAGAGUGCUUUUUCCAAGAUAUCAUAUUGCUUCGCUUAAAGUAUGGGACUCGUAUUAUGCAAAAUCGCGACUUGAGGCUAAUCUGCUGGAAGCAAAGCACAUGGCAAAAGAACAAUGUAAACUUCAGGAGGAUUUAUUUGCAAACAUGUUGGGUAAGCACCAGGAUUUGCAAGAGAAGAUUCAGUCAAAAAAUGACUGCUCGAACUCAGAAUCGUCUGCUGAAUAUGACAUGGGAGCUCUGGUAACAAGCGAGAGCAAAGAAGAUCUUGUGAAUGACGUAGCUGAAAGAUUCGAGCUUAAAACAGGUUCACUUAAGCCGAAGGGAUCCAAGCGUUUAACCAGCAUUCGUUCAAGGGAAAGCAAGUCGCUUGAGGAUCUUCUACAAACCAGACGUCAUAAUACAAGCAGUAUAAUCAAACGACGUUUUGGAUCGAGCAAAUUCUAUGUCGACAAAUCAACUCGACGAACACUUUGUGGGCCAGUACUUGCUGAAACUGAAAACUCCGAAUUGGAUGGUGAUAAGGGAGAUGCUACGAUUUUUAAUGGUAUAGAAGAUUAUCUUCAAUCGAAAGGUGUUCAAUGGAAAAUAGAGAAAGAAAUAACUGUCACGCAAACUAGUUGCUCUGGAGUUCUUAUCAAACGAGGAAAUGUACGAAAGAAUUGGCUACCACGUUGGUUUAAAUAUGAUUUAAGGAAAAACUACAUCGCUUAUUUUGAAAACUACGCGGAUAAAACACCGAAAGGCGUCAUCGAAUGCAAUAAAAUACGUGAUGUAUAUUCUCGCGAUAAGAAAGGUACACUUGACGGACAUAAGUUUUACGUCGUUACAGACGAACGAACAUUCGCAUUAAAAGCACGGACUGAGUCCUUAAUGAACAUUUGGAUAAUAAUACUUAGCAUUAAAUCCGACAAUUUCAACAUUAGGUAAGUUUGGUAUUAUUUUAUGCAGCGUAAUUUCUAUCGCAAAAACAUCAACGAUACGCGUAUUGCUCCAUUUGAAGUACACAAUGUUUGCUUAUCCUACUUCUGGUUGGCAGUUAGCUGAUGCACACGUGAUUAGCAGACGUCUUGACGAGUCACGACAGUCUACUUAAUACGUUUUCUUUGUACAUAAUGAACUUUCAAACCUCAGUCAAAAACAAUACCUUUCGUCGUUCGUACUUUUGCAAAAUUUGUACUUAUUCAUAUCGAUGUUAAUUUAUUACAAUACUAUGGUACAACUUUUAAAAACUCAGAAAAAAUUACGUUAAUUUUUAACGAUGUUUUGGUACAUGAGUCGACUACAAUAUUAAUUACUUUAAUAAAUCAUUCACGGUUGACAGUUGA